AUGCAUUUGCUUGCUCUGGCCACGGGCCUCGUUGGCAUUGCCAAUGCUGCUUGCCCUUAUAUGACCGGUGAAACAGGCGAUUAUAACCCACAUGAGUUGAGCCGUCGCGCUGAUGAUGGUGCUGCUGGCGACACUGAGGAAUUCCUGUCACAGUUCUACCUCAAUGACAAGGAUGCGUUUAUGACCUCGGACGUUGGCGGACCCAUUGAGGACCAGAACAGUCUCAGCGCUGGAGAGCGUGGACCGACAUUACUGGAGGAUUUUAUUUUCCGUCAGAAGAUCCAGCGAUUCGAUCACGAACGCGUCCCCGAACGCGCCGUCCACGCUCGCGGCGUCGGUGCCCAUGGUGUAUUCACCUCCUACGGCGACUGGUCGAACAUCAGUGCCGCAUCAUUCCUCUCCAAGGAAAACAAAGAAACACCGGUCUUCGUCCGUUUCUCCACUGUCGCCGGCAGCCGCGGCAGUGCCGACACCGCGCGAGAUGUGCACGGAUUCGCGACACGCUUCUAUACAGAUGAGGGCAACUUCGAUAUCGUCGGAAACAACAUCCCCGUCUUCUUCAUCCAAGAUGCAAUUCUCUUCCCAGACCUCAUCCACGCCGUCAAGCCCCGCGGCGACAACGAGAUCCCCCAAGCCGCAAGUGCGCACGACGCAGCCUGGGACUUUUUCAGCCAGCAACCCAGCGCCCUGCACACGCUGAUGUGGGCUAUGGCCGGCCACGGAAUCCCGCGUUCGUUCCGACACGUUGAUGGAUUUGGCGUGCACACUUUCCGUCUCGUGACUGAAAGUGGAAAGUCCAAGCUCGUCAAGUUCCACUGGAAGGGAUUGCAGGGUAAAGCUAGUUUUGUCUGGGAGGAGGCGCAGCAGGUUUCGGGCAAAAAUGCCGAUUUCAUGCGUCAGGAUCUCUGGGAUGCGAUUGAAGCUGGACGGUAUCCUGAGUGGGAGCUCGGCGUGCAAAUCAUGGACGAAGAUGACCAGCUCCGUUUCGGAUUCGACCUCUUCGAUCCCACAAAGAUCGUCCCUGAGGAAAUCGUCCCCGUCACGAAACUCGGCAAGAUGACUCUCAACCGGAACCCGAAGAACUACUUUGCCGAAACCGAGCAAGUCAUGUUCCAACCGGGCCACAUCGUCCGCGGUGUCGACUUCACCGAAGACCCCCUCCUGCAAGGCCGCCUCUUCUCCUACCUGGACACACAACUAAACCGGCACGGCGGUCCCAACUUCGAGCAAAUCCCCAUCAACCGACCCCGAGUACCCAUCCACAACAACAACCGCGACGGCGCAGGGCAAAUGUUCAUCCCGUUGAACAAAGACGCCUACACCCCGAACACGCCCAACAACGGCUCUCCGAAACAAGCCAACCAAACAACCGGCAAGGGUUUCUUCACGACUCCCUCCCGAAAGACAAGCGGCAAGCUCCAACGAACCGUCAGCUCAACUUUCGAAGACGUCUGGUCGCAGCCCCGUCUAUUCUGGAACUCGCUCGUGGAAGCGGAGAAGCAAUUCGUCGUCGACGCAAUGCGGUUCGAGAACGCGAACGUGGUCUCCUCCGUCGUCCGUCAGAACGUCAUUAUCCAGCUGAACCGGAUUAGCAACGACCUGGCGAAGCGCGUUGCCGAAGCCAUCGGUAUUGAAGCACCGAGUCCGGACCCGCGAUUCUACCACGACAACACCACUGCGCAUAUUGGUGCUUUUGGACAGAAGUUGCUUAAGCUGGAGGGGUUGAAGGUUGGUCUGCUUGCGUCUGUACAGAACGCUUCUAGCAUUGCACAGGGUUCGGCUUUGCAGGCGCAGCUGAAGGAUGUUGGCGUUGAUGUUGUGGUUGUGGGCGAGCGGAUGGUUGAUGGUGUCAAUCAGACUUACUCUGCUUCUGAUGCUGUGCAGUUUGAUGCUGUCGUUGUGGCGGAUGGGGCCGAGGGGUUGUUCUCUGCUCGCUCCGCGACGGAGAAGCAGACCAAAGCUUCGACGCUUUUCCCUGCUGGCCGGCCGCUAGAUAUCCUUGUUGAUGCGUUCCGGUUUGGAAAGACUGUUGGUGCGCUCGGUAAGGGGUCUAGUGCGCUUCGGUCGGCGCAGAUUGCAUCCGACCGGGACGGAGUUUAUGUUUCCAAGUCUGUUGGUGAGAAGUUCGUCAAGGGUAUCAAGGAAGGCCUGAGAACUUUCAAAUUCCUGGAUCGCUUUGCCUUGGAUGAGUAG